GGAGUACAUGAGACAACAGAUUAUGUAACGAAGAAUGCUAAGAGACAGUGUUGGCUGGUAGCACUUGUCUUUUCCCAACAAUUCAACUGAAAAGCACUUAAUUAAGGUCGGCAACUUCCCGCUAAUCAAGGUAUUCCAAUUUCUAGCUUUGUCCCCUUUACGCCGAGCCCAACGAAAAAGAAACCCUAACCAGGGUCAUGCCAUUUAGCUAUAUUUAACAAUUUCGAGACCUUUGUCUACUGUUUUCUUUUUCUCGCUUCUCCGAGACAUUUCAUCAAACAGAUGGUACGCUAAAACAGUGCACAUUGAGGAAUAGAUAAACUUUUUGCUCUUUUGCCCCUCUUAUCUUUGGGUGCCUAUUGGGUUUCUUUGAGUGAUGAGAAACUGAAGGCGGAGAAGAGAAAUGGAGGGAGCAGAGGAGGAGCUUGAGAGGAGGAGCAAGUUCUUGAGCAGUUUGAUUCAGAAGAAGAAAGCUAUAGAGCAGCAAGAGCAGAUCGCCCAUCUCAAUGUUCGUGUCAGGGCCUCUGAUAUGCCCCUGCCUCUGCAGAAUAAAGCAUUCCGGUGCGCCCGAGACCAGCUCGACUCCAUGCCUGGCAAGCUUGACAGUAAACGGCUAGCCCUUGCCCUUAAAAAGGAAUUUGAUUCUUGCUAUGGUCCGGCUUGGCACUGCAUUGUAGGAACAAGCUUUGGCUCCUAUGUCACACAUUCACUGGGAGGAUUCUUGUAUUUUUCAAUUGACAAGGUUUAUGUCCUCCUCUUCAAGACUGCCGUUGAGCCAUUAGGGCAUUGAUCCUUUCUGCUGAUCUCUGAUUCUAUUCAUAUUUCUAUGUUAAUUGCAAAACUAUAAAUUUCCAGUUUCCAGUAUGUAUAGACUGCAAAAAUGGAUAAACAUAUGCAGUACUGGUUCUAUGAUUUGUGUCUAUUGUAUUCUAGAUCAUGUCAAAAGCAUAAAUGAGCUACAGGUCCUCUUUACAAGUUGUACUUUAUGCUCUAUGGAUAAAUGAUGGCAUGUUAA